UGCUCGAUCCCGCACAUAGCCAAGCUAGCCACUCAUCAGCAGCAUAGGUACAGGAAGCAUUCGAUGUCCCCUUGCUCGCUGGCGAGAACUGCCGCAAGAGGCGUCCGGCUGGCCAGACCGCAAGUCUCGGCGCCAUCGAUAUUGACAUUAUCAUUAUCAGCAUGGAAAACGACUUUUCAAGAUGGAAGCUGCAACUCAAGGUUGCCGGUCAAGAAUACUUCGACGGUAGAUAUAUCAAGCAGUAGAGGAUAUGCUAGCUGGACAUCCGGAGGAUCAAGCGGUCAUACCAAGUGGCUGGCGAACUCGAAGGUACUCGCCAAGACACCUCGUACCACGGUCACACGACGAGCAUACACAACCGCUACCGUCCAAAACUCGAUACCGCCCGGCUCUACUUCCUCAAAACCUGCUCGUUCUUCCCUUAGACGUAGCCGCAUUCGUUACCUGUACUACUUGGCCGCUUUCCUCGCCAUCACCGGGAUAUGCUACGAGACGAUUCCUCCCGCCCGUCACCUCCUCAUCGCCUCCAUCCGCUGCCUCCGGCUAGUCAAAGCCGUCGGCCUCAGCGUCCUCGAUUACAAGUACACCUUCCUCGACUGGUACCCCUCCGACAAGUACACGGAGGAGGAGAGGAAACAGCUAGCCAGGACCGAUCGACACGCUUGUCAUGCGAGGAGCAGCGAGAGGUUGUUUCAGGCCUUGAAGAGCAAUGCGGGAAUCUACGUCAAGUUGGGCCAACAUAUCGCUUCGAUCCAGGCUCUUCCUGUCGAGUGGACGACGAGCAUGAGGCCAUUGCAGGAUCAGUGUUACCCCACGUCGAUUCCCAAGCUAGACGCUAUGCUGAGAAAAGACAUGGACAUGGGCUUGAACGAUCUGUUUGACAACUUUGACCCCAACCCGAUAGGAGUCGCUUCGCUGGCGCAAGUACAUCGAGCGGUAGACCGAAGGACGGGCAAGGAUGUCGCCGUGAAGUUGCAACACCCUCACUUGGAAGAUUUCGUCGCCAUCGAUAUCGCCACAGUCAAAUGGUCCAUGAGACUGGUCAAAGCCGUCUUUCCCGAUUUCGAAUUCUCAUGGUUGGGCAAGGAGAUGACCGAGAUGCUGCCUUUGGAAAUGGACUUUGCCCACGAAGCUUGGAAUUCGGACAAGGCCAAGUCCGAUUUCGCACCAUUGACAGGCAAGACAGCGAUCUACGUCCCCGAAGUUUUGUGGGCCGAGAAGCGAUGCAUGGUGAUGGAAUUUAUUCAAGGAGCUAGGGUGGACGAUCUCAAAUAUCUGAAAGAACAUGGCAUCGAUAGGAAUCAAGUUUCACAGCAGCUGUCUAGGAUCUUUUCUCAAAUGGUUUACAUCAACGGGUUCUUCCAUGCAGAUCCUCAUCACGGCAACCUGUUGAUCCGCCCGAAAGCGCCCAAAUCACAAUCUCCCUUCAACUUUGAUAUUGUCCUUCUUGACCACGGCCAAUACUUUGAUAUCGAUGACGAUUUGCGAGUCAACUAUGCUAGGUUCUGGUUGAGCUUGAUCUCGCCCGAAACUCCCAAGAAUCUAGCAAAAAGGAAAUAUUAUGCCAAGCUCGUAGCCAAUGUUGACGAUGAUCUGUACCCCGUAUUGGAGACUGCCAUCACUGGAAGGAUGGGUCUCGCUGAUUCAUCCCAGGCCGACGGUACUGCGCCCGACGGACCUGUACAGCGCAAGAAGAGCUUGUUGGAGCUAUCCUCCAUGAGCGACGACGAGCUGAACAUGAUCAGGACAGCAAUGACUGAGCAAGAAGGAUUGAUCACCUCGAUCUUCACCUUGCUUCGAAACGCUCCUCGUCGACUCAUCAUGAUCCUCAAGCUUAACGAUCUACAGCGCGCACUUGACGUGUCACUGAACACAACACAUGGUCCAUCGCGAAUCUUUAUCAUUGUUGCCCGGUUCUGCGCCUUUGCUUCGUGGGAAGAUGAUCGCAAGAAAUUGGCCAAGCGUCUACGCGUGGAGGGUCUCUCUACCGAUCUGAUAACGAGCUGGUUCGAGGACUGGUGGCAAUACCAAAAAUACUACAACGGUCUGCGACUGUAUGAAUGGACUCUGGAUACUCGGGCGAGUAUGGUGAAGCUUUUGAUGUGGUUCAAUGGGUUCAGGAAGCGAGGAUGGAGCGGCGCAUUCGAUGAGGCGGCUGGGCUUGCCUAGCGUCCCCGCAAAGAGGAUUAUUAGAUUCGACAUAUUCGAUAUGUAUCCAAAUCAGUCAGGUCCGGUUUAGGCUUGAGACUCGUAGAUAUUGUUGUUCGGUAG